UUCAUCGUGUCAUGUAUAAUACUUCUACUUUCAGUGAUGGUCCGUAUAUAAUGGAUCCAGUUAAUCCUUACAACAAUCUGCUAAGUCCAGAAACAGUGGAACAUUGGAUCAAUUGUAACGAAUCAGAAAGAGUUAUCCUCAGUGAACCGGACAUUUCAAGGAUAGAAAGUGAUGCAGCAUUUGCUCUACAAAGAUUAGAAAUGUAAAACGUCAUGUUUGAUUUCAAUUGUACCAGUUCUUAUGGUUGAAAGUAUGCUUAUAAAAAAGAAUAAUUUUUUUUUAUUUCACUUCCUUCAACUUUUCAUUUUAUCAAAACCCCACGUUAAAGGCCCACAUGUUCAUGUAAAAUUACAUGCGUUAUUAAGAAUUGUUUACUAUGUUUUAUAUUUUUAGCUUUCCAAACAUUGGGUUACCAUAGUAUAUGGAGAUGGUUAUUCCAGAAACCCUUGUGCGCUCAAAAAUUAUAUCGUUUGUUGCUUUUGCUACUAGCCACUGCAUGAAACUGCUGGUUGAUAAUCAGUCCUCGAUGUUACCAUCCGCCCGAAACUUUUGCAUCGCUUUGUUGGUGUAGGAAUAGAUUGAAAAAGAGGGGACUUCUGAAAGUGACAAGCAAAAUAAAACAUGUUAGAAAGACGUAUUAUCUGGAAUCCAAUAUUCUCUAUUCAGUGCCAUUUUUGAAAAUGGGGACAUAUUCUUUAGAUUAUGGUGACAAAGAUUUAGGGGGAAAGUUAACGUCAUUCAUAGACCGUGACGUUAACCCGGAUGCAAACUAUCUUGACAAGUGUGGAGAAUGCACCAAUAUGAUAGUUAGCUUUAUGCACGAAGUUACCCCAUAUAGCAUUGCAUCAACUAUCAAGGGUGGUUCUUUUGGGAAAGGAACUGCCGUGAAAGGAAAAUCUGAUCUUGAUAUACUUUUUGUGGUGAACGAUAUAAAAUCUAUUGAGGACCUUAUGAAGAAAUUGAAACAAAUAAAGCAUGAGCUUCAUAACGCACUAUGUUGUGGAUCAUUUUCUUCAGUUGAUGGUCCAUUGUCAAAAGAGAAAAAGGCACAACGGAGACAUCUAAAGAAAAAUAAACCGUUUAAAGUGUCUAAUAUCAGGAGGACACCGUUUACAGUUUCCUUUACUAUGACGUUACCGAAUGGUACCAGUAUGCCUGUUGAUUUAAUUAUUGUACCAAAUUUACCAAAAAGUGGUCCUCAUGGAAAGUUCUCUAAAGAGGAUUUGACCAAUAUUUAUCAACAAAUGAAAGCGCAUCCAGAACAGAGAGAUUAUCUUGCUAAAUGUGUAUCACCCCUUCAAGUGUCCUUUGUAAAAGAUCUACCAGAAAAAAUUAAAAGAGCUAUUCGAUUGACAAAGUACUGGGCAAAAACAAACAAGCACAAACUGCCUUCGUAUGCCAUAGAACUGUUAGCUAUUAAAACGUAUGAAGAUUUCAAUCGACCAGAACCUGGUGGGAUAACAGAAAAAAAAAUUGUUAACGAAAUAUUUACGCAACUGAAAGAUUGUAAAAAUAUGAAGAUUGAGUGGAAUACAAAUUACGACCUUGACGAUUAUUCAUAUGAGAUUAAGGGUAAAGUCAAUGAAUCAGCAACCGAACAAAAGAAAUCUUCAAAAAGCCAAAACUCGGUGAAAUUAGAUACUCCAACUGCAAAGAAAUUGAUAAAAAAAAUUAGCACAGUCAUAACAGAGAACACUUAA